GCCUGUAAAAGAGGCAAGUUGCAUCAAGUCCAACACCUGGUGUCCAGCGGUCAAACUGACGUGAACGCUGAAGGGCGGGUCGGCAGGACACCGGUGAUGCUAGCAGCCAGGUGUGGACAUGAGGAGGUGUUCCACUUCCUUGUUACAAACGGAAGUGACGUAACUCGCGUGAGCAAUGAUGAUGACAACAUUCUCCACUUCGCCUGUUUGGGAGGUAAUAUAGAGAUAGUGAAAUACAUCCUCUCACAAAACUUUAUAGAUAUAAACAGUCGAGGGAAGUUCGGACGAACACCAGUCAUGAAAGCGGCAUGGGGUGGGCAUGUUAGUCUGUUUGAUCUCCUGGAGAGGGUUGGAGCGGAUCUAUCUCUAGUGAGCGAACAAGGCGACACCAUCUUACACCUGGCCUGUCAUAGAGACAAUGUGCCUAUGGUCAAGCACAUCCUGUCUAAGCACAUUGUCGGCGUCAACUGCCGGGGAAUGAAUGGGCGGACACCCGUGAUGAUUGCGGCGAUGUAUGGACACAGGGGCGUGUUAAAUGUACUUGUUGAUGAUGGUGGUGAUGUAUCACUUGUGGACUCUAAUGGUGAAAACGUCCUCCAUGCGGCGUGUCGGGGUGGAAGUAACAACAUGGUACUCCAUUUUCUCUCUAAACGCAUCGCCCGUAUCAACAAUAAAUCAGGCAACGGACAGACGCCAUUGAUGCUUGCAGCAGAGGGAGGUCACAGAGGUGUGUUCGACUUGCUGGUCAGUAAAGGAGCUGACUUGUCGCUAAAAGACACUAGCAACAAUAACAUACUUCACAUGGCGUGUCGUGGUGGAUGUGUGGAGAUUGUACGACGUGUCAUCUCCGACAACAUUGCUGGAAUCACCAGUACAGGGAGCAAUGGACGCACGCCGCUGAUGUUUGCAGCAGAGAGGGGUCACACAACAGUAAUUGAUGUACUUAAACAGCAUGGGUGUGAUUUGUCUGUGACUGAUGCCGAUCGCAACAACCUCCUCCACAUAGCCUGUCUUGGAGGCCAUGAUGAGACGGUGCUGUAUGUCCUCAGUCUGGAUCUGUUUGACAUCAACUGUCGGGGGAAGGGGGGACGGACGCCACUCAUGGUGGCAGCUUUAGCGGGAAACAGACAAGUGUUUGAUGUCCUCGUUCGUAAAGGCGGUGACCCAUCCUUGGUGGACGAUGACGGUAACAACAUCCUACACAUCGCUUCCUUGGGACAUGAUGUAGAAAUGGUGAAAUAUGUCCUCUCACUGAGUAAUGCUGACAUCAACAGCAGAGGCAGGUACGGGAGGACUGCGGUGAUGCUAGCUGCCGAGUCUGGACAUCGAGAUGUGUUUUACUUUCUUGUCUGUAAAGGAAGUGACCUGGAAUGUGUUGACGACAACGGCGACAGCAUCCUUCAUGUUGCCUGUAUUGGAGGACACGUGACGAUGGUGGAGUGUAUCAUCUCUCUGGACAUCGUAGACAUCAACAGUGGAGGUCAGUACGGGGGAACGCCGCUGAUGGCAGCAGCUGAGGGGGGGACACAGAGACGUGCUGGACUUGCUCAUCAGUAA